UUUGAAGAGGAAUAAUCCUCAGUGAUCAUCAUGACCUCUCCGCUCUCCAUCCUGAGGAAGAACAGGCGCGCUCCUCUACCGCAGAGUCACAGUGAGAGAGAGAGGAGGACUGAGACAGAGAGGAGCCCUGCAGACCUCUUCUCCAGGAGACAGCCGGGGUCGGAGGUCACGGACAGCCUCAUCAACCCUCUCAUGUCAAAGGUCACGGUCAGAAGGAGACCUAAAGAGGUGUCUCCACCCACAGACUUCGAGCUGAUGUCCAGCAUGAUGCAGAAACUCGCUCAGUUAGAGAGGAAGGUGACGUCACAAGCGCUGGAGAUCAACAAGAAGACGAGAAGAACCGAAGUUCUGGAGGAGAAGCUUCAGCUCCUGCAAGAGAAAGCUCAGAGAGAGCAGCAGCAGGAUGAAGAGGACCUGAGGAGGAAGUGCAGCAGGCUGCAGAAGCAGGUGUGGGAGAUGGAGAAGUUUCUGAAUGAUUAUGGGAUGAUCUGGGUGGGAGACGGAGACGGAGACGGAGAGGUCGAUGAAGUUGAAACUGAAGAAUCCUCCCGACAGCGAGGAGCUCCCUGGGUCAGGAGUUUCCCGGUGAACUUUGACCUGCUGCUGCAGAGGAUUCGGGACCUGAACGUGGUGGCGGGGGAGGGAGGAGCUCACAUCACCUUCGUUCCUGGAGGAGCCAAACUGACACGCGAGCCGGCUGUGGACCUGCAGCUCUACAGGAACGGCCUGGUGCUGUCUCACGGCCCAUUCAGACCCUACACACAGCCCCGAACACAGAGGUUCCUACAGGACCUGAUGGACGGAUUUUUCCCCUUGGAGCUGCAGGACACGUUUCCCCAGGGUGUUCUCUUUCAGGUGAUUGACAGGCGGGAUGAGGAGUUCAGGGCGGAGUUUCCAGGGAAAGGUCACACAACGGGUGGACAAGAACAGGAAGUGAUGCGUUACAGACAGGAAGCGAGUGAAACACAGCGGAGUGUGAGCCCCGGCCGCGCAGCAGAGAGAAAGUUGUCGACGCAGCAGUUCCUGAAUAAACUCCCGGAGUGUGUGGUGAAAGCAGGGAACUUGAUUGAGAUUCGCUCGGCACUCAGACACCAUCUGCAGGAUGCCGACCGUGUUGAGAGGUGUGUGAUAGAAACUCCUGCGUCACAGACACUGAGGGAACGACCAGAGUGUGAGAAGGCGUCUGAGAUCUCCAGACUGCGGGUGAGAUCUGAAGACGGAGAUAAGACGUUUCUUCUGAUAAUGUUCUUCUCCGAGACAAUCGGACAUUUACGCCGAUACCUGGACUCUCACCGGGGCUCAGGACCUCCUUAUGACAUCAUCAGUGCCUUACCACAUCGGCGUUGCCAUAGCGACGACAAACAAACCCUCCUGCAGUGCGGCCUGACGCCCAGCGCCGCCCUGUUGCUGUGGCCCCGCCCACUAGUGACAUCAUAGAACCGCAAACAUUUACAAAGACGAAUCAAAAGACUGUUGGUUUCAUUUUUAAAUACUGUACGACUGUCUGGAGGUUUUAUUAUAUAAAAUUAUUUAAAAUUUCAGAAACUUAGUGUUUAUUAGAAAUUAAUGUUUGACUUUCACACUAAAACACAUCAUUAAAGCUCAUCAUCUAAAGCAUAUAUAUAAAAAUUCAGCCAAGCGAGUACUGCGUAUACGAGGGAGAGUCAAAAAUUAUCCACACUUGUGCUAUAUUAAGCCUUCUGUCUUCCCAGUCACU